CGUGCGUGCGUGUGUGUGUGUGUGUGUGUACGUGCGUGCGUGCGUGUGUGUGGAAGGGGAUACUUCAGUAAGAGCUGUCAGCCUGAUGCUAUAGCCGUACGUGAUUGGCUGCCGAGCUAGCGUGAUGUGGCCAUGCCUCCCAGCUGUAAGCAGAGAGCCUAAGGUUAGACACAUCGCCCUAGAGAUCAUCUCUGUGACGGAGGCUUCAGCGCUGAGCGUGUAGCUACCAACUCCCGACUGUGCCCACGAUCCGUUGAACAGACAAGAUGACUUCCAGAGUACAGGGAACUACUUAUGUAGACAAGGGAGAGAAGCCAGAGAAAGGCCGCUUCCUGCAUUUCGACCAUGUCACCUUCUGGGUGGGCAACGCAAAGCAGGCUGCAGCCCACUACUGUAUAUGCAUGGGAUUUGAGCCAGUCGCGUACAAGGGAUUGGAAACAGGUAGCAGACAAGUUGUGUCCCAUGUGGUCAGGCAAAAUAAGAUCCUGUUCCAGUUCCAAUCUGCGCUGAAUCCUUACGACAAGGAAUACGGAGAUCACCUGGUGAAGCACGGGGAUGGUGUCAAAGAUGUCGCCUUCACCGUCGAAGACUGUGAUGCGAUCGUAGAGCGCGUCCUUCAGCGUGGAGGGAAGCUUGUCAAGGAGCCAUGGGUGGAGAGCGACGAGCAUGGAAGCAUCAAGAUGGCCGUUGUGCAGACGUAUGGAGACACGACGCACACGCUGGUGGAGCGUGGUAACUACGCAGGCUUGUUCAUGCCGGGAUACGUGAAACCUCUCGUCGACAACGUUGUGCUCGCAACACUGCCACCGAUUGGACUCAACUUUGUUGAUCACUGCGUAGGGAACCAGCCUGACAAUGAGAUGGAAUCAGCAACUCAGUGGUACCAGAAGAACUUGCUGUUCCACAGAUUCUGGUCGGUGGAUGACAGCCAGAUUCACACACAGUACUCUGCUCUGCGCUCCAUUGUCGUCACAAACUACGAGGAAACGAUCAAGAUGCCAAUCAAUGAGCCUGCCUGCGGUAUGAGGAAAAGCCAGAUACAGGUGGGUGCGUGCAGUGUAAGGAAGAGCCAGAUACAGGUGGGUGCCUGCGGUAUGAGGAAAAGCCAGAUACAGGCAAUAUGCACUGUAACCGAAGACUUUGACGUACUUCAGAAGUUGAACAUCCUCAUCGACUUCGAUGACAAUGGCUACCUCCUGCAGCUGUUCACCAAGCCGAUGCAGGACCGCCCGACCUUGUUCCUAGAGGUCAUACAGCGACACAACCACCAGGGCUUUGGAGCAGGCAACUUCAAAUCACUAUUUGAGGCCAUCGAAUUGGAGCAGGAAGCAAGAGGAAACCUGUAG